AUGGCGAACAAUCAGCAGUCGGACUUGAGCCAGGUCUCUCCAGCCCCAACCGUCCGAGGCAUAGACCUGACCAAAGCCUUCUCUGAAAACAUCGCUGCAAAGAUCCUCCAAGUCGCCCAACGCGGCCUUCUCAAACCCAGCCCCCUAACCACCUACCCUCACACCGUCCCCCAAGAUGGCCCCGAAUCCGGCCGCUACGAGGAACGUGAAGCCGACUUCUGGACCUGUGGCUUCUUUCCCGGCUGCAUCUACGCACUGCUCGAGCGCUCCAUGCGGUUCCCCCAAUCCCUCUCCAUCCCGCCGCACAUUCGCCCCGGGUUCCAGAGCCACCUGCUGAAGCUGGGGCGGCACUAUGGCGUGGCGAUUCGCGAGAUGUCGAAGCGAACAGACACGCAUGAUAUGGGGUUUAUUGUGCAGCCGGCACUGCAGAGGGAUUGGGAGUUGACGGGAAACAAGGAGAGCUUGCAGGCGGUAACGAAUGCGGCGUAUGCGUUGGCGUCGCGGUAUGAUGACAAGGUCAAGGCGAUUAGGAGUUGGGAUGAAGCGGUGAAUAAUCGGUAUUCGAUUACGGGGAUGGAGGAUAAUUUCAUUGUGAUUAUAGAUAGCAUGUGCAACCUCGACCUCCUCUACUACAUCGGCCACACCCACCACGACCCCACCCUCAUCGCCCUCGCCACCCAACACGCCCACACAAUCGUCUCCCAGAUCCUCCGUCCAGACCACUCCUCCUACCACCUCGUAAACUUCAACCGCCACACCGGCCAACCAACCGCCAAAAUGACCAACCAAGGCCACGCCGACAGCUCGACCUGGACCCGCGGCCAAGCCUGGGCAAUCAUGGGCUUCGCCCAAACCUACACCUGGACCAAAGACCCAACCUUCCUCGCCACCGCCAUCGGCUGCGCCCACUACUUCCUCCGCCGCCUCGACGAAGCCCGCGGCCGCUGGCCCGCCUCCCGCGUUCCCCUCUGGGACUUUGACGCCCCGCUUCCCCCCGCGGCGCCAGAGUUUGACGGCAAGGGCCCGCUGCGCGAUGCCUCCGCCGGCGUGAUUGCCGCAAACGGAUUGCUGAUUGUACACCAGGCGUUGGCGGCGCUGCCGCGCGAGCAGGCGGUGCGCAUGGCUGCUGGAACGGAUUUCCUGGACGAGGCGCUGGGUAUUGUGCGUGAUGUGUUGGCGUUGGCGUAUGAUGGUGAUUACGCGGCGUUUGAGCGGCCUGGGGAGGGUGAGGGGGCAGGGGGUGUGAAUGGUGGUGAGAGUGCUGGAUUACUUGGUCUCAAGGAGAGUGGGUUUGAUGGUAUUUUGAGGAAUUCGACGACGAAUUGGAAUCCGGAUGCGCCGAAGAAGUAUCGAGAUCAUGGGUUGGUGUAUGCGGAUUAUUAUCUGCUUGAGUUUGGGAAUAAGUUGUUGAGAGCGGGUUUCCUUUGA